GCCGGGCGCGCACGGAGCAUGUCCUCCCGGGGACAGCCGCAGUCCCCUGCCGCCGCCGACACGACCUGGCCCGUGGGGCUUCUCCGAGCUGCCCCCGAGCUGCUGCUGCAGUUGGACCCGAGCGGCGGCGCGCUGCUGCUGCUGUGCGGCCUGGUCGCGCUGCUGGGCUGGGGGUGGCUGCGAUGGCACCGGGCGCGGGGCCUCCCUCCCGGGCCCACGCCCUGGCCCCUGGUGGGCAACUAUGGGCCCGUGCUGCUGCCGCCCUUCUUCCGGCGAAACCGCUACGGCUGGCUGGCCGCCGGCGUGGACUCCAAUGCUGCCUCGGGUCCCCAAGUGCUCCUGACCAAACUGACCCGCGUGUACGGCAACAUCUUCAGCUUCUUCAUCGGCCACUACCCGGUGGUGGUCCUCAACGACUUCCACAGCGUGCGCCAGGCGCUGGUGCAGCAGGCCGAGGUGUUCAGCGACCGCCCCAGGGUGCCGCUCAUCUCCCUUGUCACCAAGGAGAAAGGACUGGUGUUUGCACACUAUGGUCCAGUCUGGAAACAGCAGAGAAAGUUUUCUCACUCAACUCUUCGCCAUUUUGGUUUGGGGAAGCUUAGCUUGGAGCCCAAGAUUAUUGAGGAGUUCAAAUACAUAAAGGAGGAAAUGCAGAAGUAUGGAAAAGAUCCCUUCAACCCUUUCCCCAUUAUCAACAGUGCUGUGUCUAAUGUCAUCUGUUCCUUGUGCUUUGGCCAACGCUUCGAUUACAGCAAUGGGGAAUUUAAGAAGAUGCUUAGUUUUAUGUCUCGGGGAUUAGAAAUUUGUCUGAACAAACAGCUCCUCCUGGUCAACAUAUGCCCCUGGCUUUAUUACCUUCCCUUCGGACUAUUUAAAGAAGUGAGACAAAUUGAAAAGGAUAUAACCAGCUUCCUUAAAAAAAUCAUCAAAGAUCAUCGAGAAUCUCUGGACAAUGAGACUCCUCAGGAUUUCAUAGACAUGUACUUGCUCCAGGUGGAGGAGGAGAAGAAAAAUAACAGCAACAGUAGUUUUAAUGAAGAUUACCUAUUUUAUAUCAUCAGCGAUCUCUUCUUCGCUGGCACUGAUACCACAACCAACUCUUUGCUUUGGUGCCUGCUGUACAUGUCACUGAAUCCCGAUGUGCAAGAGAAGGUUCAUGAAGAAAUUGAAAGGGUCAUUGGUAGUGACCGAGCCCCCUCCCUCACUGACAAGAUCCACAUGCCCUACACUGAAGCCACCAUCAUGGAGGUGCAGAGGCUGACCGUGGUGGUGCCUUUCGCCAUUCCUCACAUGACCUCAGAGAAAACAGUACUCCAGGGGUAUACCAUUCCUAAAGGCACAAUGGUUUUACCUAACUUGUGGUCGAUACACAGAGACCCAGCCAUUUGGGAGAAACCAGAUGAUUUCUAUCCUAAUCGCUUUCUGGAUGACCAAGGACAACUUAUAAAAAAAGAAACCUUUAUUCCUUUUGGCAUAGGCAAGCGGGUAUGUAUGGGAGAGCAACUGGCAAAGAUGGAAUUAUUCCUGAUGUUUGUAAGCCUGAUGCAGAGUUUCACUUUUGCUUUAGCUGAGGGUUCCAAGCCCACCUUGACUGGAAGAUUUGGUCUAACUUUAGCCCCACAUCCUUUUAAUAUAACCAUCUCAAAGAGAUGAAGAGCACCUCCAAGAAAAGAAGGAAAUGAAUUACACUGGUAUAUAGCCAGCCAGUACUCAAAUCAAGAAUGACCAUAAUCAGAGACCAUGAAACCUGUGGAGCCACACUCUCUAGUUUCUGAAGCUCCAGUGGGGAAGAUUCUUAACCAGAAAUCUCAAGCUGGUUGUAGAAAAGAAAACAUUGAGAGAUGUUAAUAGCAAAUUAAUAUCAAGUUAAUAUCAAUGAAGGUUGGGUUCUUGUGUACAAGUUCAAACCAAAGAUGUAAAUUCUUUGCACUGAACAUGAACAUCCUGUGAUUAUUUACAAUAACCAGAAUUAAUUUUUCAGCACACACUUGCUUGUACAUUUUGGACUCUGCUGUUGUACCAGCCAUAGCUCGAUUUUCAGCCAUAGGAAAUUUUUUUUAAUUGCUCAAUAAAAUGAGACGACACAGCCUUAAGCUUUCACUCAUUCUUCAGAGAGCUAGGAAUCAUUAAUUUCCCACAAAUAGAAGGAAGAUUCCAAUUUACUCAUUGUCUCUAUCGCCGUUCAUACUUUUGGAUGUUAGGAAAUCUGAGCUGGGUCUAGAGCCCAUGGCCCUUUCUGUCAACAAAUAAUGUUUCUUUGAUUGCAAUUAUCCAUAAAUGGGACAAAAAUAAAAGCAGUGAUUACUUA